AUGGAAAAUGAUAGGAAAUUAUUGAUGGUUUGCUUGUAUGUCGAUGAUUUGAUAUUUACCGGGAAUGAUCAGAUUAUGUUUGAUAAGUUUAAAAAAUCCAUGAUGGCUGAAUUUGACAUGUCGGAUCUUGGAAGAAUGCAUUAUUUUUUGGGUAUAGAGGUUGCACAAUCAGAUACAGGUAUUUUUAUUUCUCAAAGGAAGUAUGUGCAGGAGAUUCUAAAGAAGUUUCAAAUGGCGGAUUGUAAUCCGGUUGGUAAACCAACAGAGACAAGUUUAAAGUUGGUGAAAGAUGAUAAUGGAAGAGAUGUCGAUAAUACUUUAUACAAGCAAAUCAUGGGAAGUCUAAUGUAUCUCACUACGACUAGACCAAAUAUAACAUAUACCGUAAAUCUUAUUUGUAGAUUCAUGGAAUGUCCAAAGGAAAUGUAUCUUCAAACGGCAAAAAGAAUCUUUAGAUAUUUGCAGGGUACAAUCGACUACGGGAUUUUGUACAAGAAGGCAGAAAAAUCAGCCUUGAUUGGGUUUAUGGAUAGUGACUAUGCAGGAGACCAAGAUGAUAGGAAAAAUACAUCUGGUUAUGUCUUUAUGUUGGGAUCAGGAGCUGUUUCAUUGUCGUCACGAAAGCAACCAAUUGUCACUCUAUCAGCAACUGAAGCACAACUUGUAGUUGCAUCAGCAUGUGUCUGCCAAGUCAUUUGGAUGAGAAAGCUUCUUGAGGAAGUUCAUUUCAAGCAAAUGGGGCUUACUCUUAUCUACUGUGACAAUAGUUCAAUCAUAAAUCUAUCCAAGAAUCCUAUUUUAUAUGGGAGAAGCAAGCAUAUUGAUGUCUGA